AUGCUGGCAGAGCUGGAGUUCUGUCUGCUGCUGGCGGUGACACUGCUGAGCCCAGUCCCCAGGGCCCAAGCCAUGAAAGGUGUCAAAUGUGGGGGUGUGCUCUCAGCACCUUCUGGAAACUUCUCCAGCCCCAACUUCCCCAGGCUCUACCCCUACAACACGGAGUGCAGCUGGCUGAUUGUGGUAGCUGAGGGCUCCUCCGUGCUGCUCACCUUCCACGCCUUCGACCUGGAGUACCAUGACACCUGCAGCUUCGACUUCCUGGAGAUCUACAACGGGGCCUCCGGGGACCAGGGCAACCUGCUGGGGAGGUUCUGCGGCCAGGUGCCCCCGCCGCCCUUCGCCUCCUCCUGGCACGUCAUGUCUGUUGUCUUCCACUCAGACAAGCACGUGGCCAGCCGAGGCUUUUCUGCGGGCUACCAGAAAGAUGCGUGUGGUGGCGUCCUGACGGGCCUGUCGGGGGUCCUCACCAGCCCCGAGCACCCCAACAACUACCCCAACAAUGUGGAGUGCCACUGGGUGAUCCGAGCCUCUGGGCCCGCCACCGUCAAGCUGGUCUUCGUGGACUUCCAGGUGGAGGACAGUGAGCAGUGCACCUACGACUACGUGGCUGUGCUUGGGGGGCCCGGCCCCGCCCAUGGGCACCACUACUGCGGCAGCUCCAGGCCCCCCACGCUCGUGUCGCUGGGCCACGAGCUGCAGGUGGUCUUCAAGUCUGACUUUAACAUCGGGGGCCGGGGCUUCAAGGCCUACUACUUCUCAGGAGAAUGCCAGGAGGUAUACACGAAGGUACGGGGCAACUUCUCCAGCCCACAGUACCCCAGCUCCUACCCCAACCACAUCCGGUGUCACUGGACCAUCCGCCUGCCUCUUGGCUACCGGAUCAAAGUGUUUUUUCUGGACCUGGAACUGGAGGGGCCCAACAGCCUGACCAGGACCUGUGACUUUGACCAUCUGACAGCCUUCGACGGGGCCAGCGAGGAGGCGCCCCUGCUGGGCAGUUGGUGUGGCCACCACCUGCCACCACCGGUCACCUCGAGCCACAACCAGCUCCUGCUUCUGCUACACACAGACCGUAGCACCACCCACAGGGGCUUCUCUGUGGCCUACAUUGGAGUGGUCCCCAUGAACGUGAGUUGCUCCCGCACGGACUUCCAGAUCCUGAUCUCCGCGCAGGCACUGGCCCCUCUAGAACGGACCAAAGUCUACCUGGGCAGCCGGAGCUGUGCUGCUCAGGAAGUCGGCAGCAACUUCCGGAUCCAGGCCCGCUUUGACACCUGCGGCACUGAGUCUCAGAGAAGAAAUAACACUUCAGUGAUCGUCAGCGUGCUGUACAUCGACUUCUCAGCUGGUGGGCAGGAGGAUAUCCACGAAUACGAGGUCCGCUGCGAGCCGAGGCGAAAGGAGGCCUCUGUCCACCUGCUGUCCGGCUCCCACUGGCUUGGGUCCUAUGCUGCCACGGCAGAGCACCUUCAGGAGGCACCACCCAGGGAUGAGGCAGAGACACUGGAGGGCCCCGUGGCCAUGGUGGCCCAGGACACCACUGACAUGGUCUUCCUGGGCCUUUGCAUCCUGGCUGGAGUCCUCAUGGUCAUUGCCAUAGUGGUCCUGAUGCUGCUGUAA